AUCUCGUAGCAAUUAAGCUUAAACAUGAAGGCUACGUUAAUAUUUGAUAGUGUAAAUGAUUUAGUGUUCUCCAAAUGGGACAGUACUUUCUUAGAACGAAUGAAACCUUUUGGGGAACAGGAACAUGAGAACCUUUCAGAUAGCCACAGUGUGUCUCAGCUGCUUUCCCCAACCGUUACAUCACAGCGUGUUAUGGCAGCUCAAUUUGGGAACACAUACUCUUCUAUGCAAUGCCAGGACAAUACUACUAUUGUGUUUGAUGAGUGGCUAGAUCAUGUAUUUAUGAUCAUCAGUGAAGAAGAGGUUGAUGAUGGGCACAGAGAGUUGCUGGACUGCAAGACGUUUGUGCAACACAUCUGUGGUCAAAACAUUGGCCUUUUACAUUCACCAGUCUACCAAGAAUGGUUGUCAAUUCUCCUAGAAAGUCGAGGAAAAGGUGAUUCCAUACCUGGAGCCAGUGGCGUUAUAGGCGAAAGUGGCGCCACGGCAGCAGCCCUCGGCGCCUUAAAAACGGCUGCUAAAGAGAUCAAGUGUUCUCCAUACCAACAUUAUCAUUACAUGCUUUUUGUAGGGGAUAAGCUUUUGGCUUUGUAUUCUAGUCGAGGCAGUGAAGACUUGAUGCCCCCAGAUUUGAUACUGAUAAGUAUUCAGUGCAUAGCAGCUCAAGAAUAUUGGAAAGACGUUGACAAAAUGGAAAACAAUAAGGACGGAGCUAAUAGGUUACCUUGGCUAUCAGAAGAAAACAGUGCGAUCAUGAAUCUGUGCGCAAGCGCAGCGGGCACCCCGUGUACCCCGUACUCUAUGCACGUCGCGCAAGUUGCCCCUCGCAUCACUUUUGUCGUUUUAGUUGAUAUGGAACUCAGAGAAGUGGGAACAGCAGUGCACAUGUCAAACCAAAUACUGGCAAAUCUAAGAAGACUGUUACUACAGAGAAACUUGGAAAUGUUACCUAACACACUUGAUUCUUUAGAAACGGCACUUAAAAAGACUACAGAUUCUCUUCGGAAAAAUAAAGCAAAUGCAAACCUAUGCGUUCGCCUUACCACUCGAAUGCUGGAACUUCGCAAAUCUUGCACUACAACUACUCCAUUAACACCAGAUACAACUGCGACUGCUAUGCAUACUGCUCUAGAAUCCGUCAUAGAACUUUUAAAACCGGAUAUACCGAGCUUGAAAAUGGAACAUCCUGUGAACGAACUGAGAAAUAUACUGGCACCUUAUGUGGAUUUUCUACGCGUCAAGGCAAUGCGAUAUUUCAGUAUGGGAUCGGGCGAGACGGACAGUGGUUCCCUAACGCUGCACAAGUAUGUGGAAGAGUUUCCUGGCCUCAUACACUUCGUGUACGUCGAUCGAACUACAGGCAGAUUCCUCGCACCCGAUAUGGCCGACUGUGCUGAUAUGCUGUCUGCUGACACGAUCCGUAGCGUAGUGUCCCGUGGUUUCACGAUCGUGCGCGAAGGAUACUGCGCAGCGACUUGGCGACGCGGCGCACUGCACGCCUGUGCCGUGCUGUGGUGGGAGAAGCGCUCGCUGCCCGCGGCACCUGCCAAGCCCCCGCACCCCGCUGCCGUCAGGGCGCUACCACCGCCGGGAGACAUACUUGGCACGUUUUACCGUCAAUUACUAGAACUGGCAUUCCCCAACGACACUCAAGGUGUAAGUAUCAAGGAGCUCAUAUGCAUCCAUCUAGGGUUGCUACCAGCACCGACGGCGGUCCAGCAAGCCAGGCGGCUUGCCCAUACUGUACACGAACUCGCUGGUGACAACCCUGCCUCUUGGCGAGCUGCUGAUCUGCUCUAAACGUUAUAAUUGACAUAGUAUAUUAGCUCAACACUAAUUGCGAAGACAAAAUAAAACAGGUAGAAGACAUGUUACGUAAUAAUAAUGUGCCAAAUAAUCACAGUAGUUACUAUGAGUACCAGACGUACUAGAGGAAUGAAUUUAAGUCUGGGGCACGAAUUUAGUCAACAUUUUGUUUCCCAAUUUAGUCUUACGCAAUCGCCCACAUUUAGCAAUGUGCCCUGGGCCACUCAUGUCGUCAGUACUGAGCUGUAGCUCAAUAUAAAUACAAGAUUAAAGGAAAAUAAGCGAUUACUGUUAAGAAAAGUUGCGUACAACUCAAAACUGAUAAUUGUACUAUUACUAUGUAUUGAAGCAUGAAUAUAAUUUAAUUUGUAUGCAUUUCAUAUAUCCUUCACUAUGAUAAAGCUUUGUAUGUCUAAAAUGGAGCUGAAAUGUAAUGUUUUACUCAAGUUAUAAUUAGAUGAUGUAUAGUUGAGUUAAUGAUUCAAUUUUUAACCACACAAUUUCUGAUUGUGUUCCAGUAAUACAUUCCAAAUAUGUUAUAAUAAUACAAAGUAUGUACAUUGUGAACUUGGGUAAUUGGAUAUUCAUUUAUUAUUAAUAAUGGUCAGAAUAAGAUGUUGCAAAUUAAUAGAUAAAUGUCCAUACAUAGGUGCAAGGAGUCGGUAAAACCAUCAAAUAUUAAUAAUUCAUUACUUUUUCGAGUUCCGGAUUUCCCGAAAUAGUUUUACUGCAUAGUAAUAUACAUAAAACUAUUCACAGAGAAAGCUGAUGUUGGAUUUUGAAGUAAUUCUAAUGGCGCCAUGUAAAAAAUGUAGUUGAUAAUUAACCUUUCAUCAAAGUAGAAGGUUCUUGUGCAAGGCAUAGCUUGUUUUAACCAAUGCGGAUAUUCAACUACCUCCGUGGCCAAACAGUUACCAUGGUGGACUGCCACGCAGAGAUCCCGGGUUCAAUUUCCAGACAUGGAGAAAUAUUUAUAUUGCCUAUAUUAAUGUCUCUUGUGAGUUUGGGUGUAAUUUGUGGUUGUUUAUGUGUGUCCAUGGUACCCGCGAUACAGGUUUUCCCUGCUGCCGGGCUACCAUCACCCUCUUUCCCCCAACCUCAUCUCAGGUACGACCUCUGGCGCCAGAAUUGGACUAGUAAAUUGUACCCAGGUUGCCAUGACUAUGCAUAUUUUCACUAAUAUAAAUGAGCUAUUAAUGCUCGUUUUUUGAAAUUACAGUUUUCAUAUUAUCAAUGGGAGAAUAUAAAAGUAUUUACAACAUCCGCAUUAGUUAAAACAAACUAUUGCUUGCUGUUUAUUAAAAAAAUGUAUACUUUGGUGUACAGUUUGGUUUACUGCAUUUUUACAUGGCGCCACUAGAAUUACUGUAAAAUUCAGCUUCAACUUUCUAGUUGAAGUUUUAUCCUAUGAUGCAGUAAAACUAUUAUUUCCGGACAUCCGGAAUUCGAAAAAAGAAUUAAUAUUUGGUUGGUUUCAGCAACUCCAUAUCGCUCCUUGUAUAUGUAGACAUUUAUCUACUCAUUAGGAACACCCUAUUGCGAGUAUUAUUUAUUAUAUUUAAUAAAUAUAUACAGGUGUAACAAAAUAACAGUAAUAUUUUGGUAUUCCAUGACACUGAACAACUUUAGACGGAAUACAAUUUGAUGC